AGACCCAAAUGCCCCCAGUACAUCUUUCUUCUCUCCGCCCCUAUCUUCCGACGAGCUCGCUCCCCUCUCCGCCCGCGCUCGUUCCGCCGACGGCGGGCUUCUCCUCCCGCGAGCUGGGGCGCUGUCGUCCUCGCUUUCUUGGGAUUUUGCUGGGACUCGCUGACUCGAGAAGACAGGGAAGAAUGGCAGCAUCAUCGUCUCUUAGACUAAUCCUGGGCUCCUCGUCAUCAUCACGCCGCCAGAUUCUCUCUGAGAUGGGAUACAAAUUCACACUUCUUAGUGCGGAUAUUGAUGAGAAGGAGAUCAGAAAGGAGAAGCCAGAGGAGCUGGUGGUCGCGCUAGCUCAUGCAAAAGCCGAUGCUAUAAUGGAGAAGCUGCAGAACAAUGGGAUGAUGAAGGAAAUUCUUGAUUCUCAGGAGAGUACACUAUUGAUAACUGCUGACCAGGUUGUGGUUCAUGAUGGUGUGAUUAGAGAAAAACCUAGCACCCCUGAAGAGGCACGAAAGUUCAUCAAAGGAUACUCUGAAAGCCAUGCAGCGACAAUUGGAUCUGUGCUUGUUACUAAUGUGAAGAGUGGAGCCAGAAAAGAAGGAUGGGACAAAGCUGAAGUUUAUUUCCACAAGAUACCUGAUGAGGUUGUUGAGAGUUUGAUUGAAGAGGGCAAUGUCUUCUAUGUUGCCGGUGGCCUAUUGGUAGAGCACCCACUGACUUCACCUCUUGUGGAAGCCAUUGUUGGAACCAUCGACAGUGUAAUGGGACUUCCAAAAUCUCUCACGGAGAAGCUGAUCAAGGAGUCCCUCGAGGAGCCAUAGAUACAAUUCUUUUUCCUCUGGAUAGCUGACUGACCAUGCUAAAGCUCAUAUGCUAGAUUUUUUACUCAUCUGCUGCACAGCUCCAUUAUCCACUUGUCUUGGAGGAUUAUGGAUCCUAUGGAUGUUGUCAGCUUCACUAUGCUAAGCUACCUGCCAUGAUUGGUAUUAUUGUAGUAAAAACUUGAGACUUGUUACAGGUGGUCUAAUCUGUUUGGUUCAAAAUUUCACUUUUAUCUUCAUGUAAGAAUGCGAUAUACUCGAAACUCUCUGGUUUUGCCUUCAAUGUGCGUAGGUGGUAAGUUCUGGAGCUGGCGGUGGUGGCUUUGUUUCGGUUUGAUGGAGAUGGCUGCUGAGUGGUGACAGGUGGGGUCACAUAGGGAUGUGUGGGUCCCACUAGGCAGUGAGUAUACACUCUCUACCUUAGGGCUUCAACAUGCAAGCCAUACUGUCUUGGAUCCUACUUUGACCUGACCUUUUGCCACUCAUUACCAAGAGCUCACAACAUUUGUGAGAGCAGAAUUUACCACUCACUCAUAAGAGGCAAAAACUUGAAUCUUUAGGUCGACGUAGGCAAGCUAGGGCUACAUGUUUAACAUUGGCUUCUCCCAUAAUGCCAUGGUCCUAGAUGUUUAAAAUUGGUCUCAAUUUUACAUGACAAUCCUUGAUGUUUUCUAGUUUAUAUUGAACACUCUAAAA